AUGCGCGUCCUCUUCUUAUAUUCCUGCCUUUACUGGCUUCUAGUACCAGCUUUGGCAGGUAGUCAGACGGCAGAGGACAUCCAAAGAGUCAUUCGAGAGCAGCACGGGGACUCGACGGCGCUCUCCAAUAUUUCGGCGGCAUCGUGGGUAGCCUCCCCCGUCGUCCGGGGCAGCAUCGACAUCAUCUGGACGUGCGUCGUCACCCUCGGCGCCUGCGUCUAUACCGUCCUCCAUCUCAACGUCCCUGCAAAGAACGGGCGCUACGCCGGACUCAUCGACAAGCUACGAUGGGUCGUCAUCGCCAUUCUUUUCCCGGAAUAUGUUCUCGUCAUUGCAGCCUAUCAACUCCGAGAAGCGCAGAACCUGAGGAAGGAGUUGCAAAAGCACUUGGACAACAACGCCUCUACGUCGAAGCAGCUUGUCGAACUCGACUUUUGUUUCUUUGUGAUUAUGGGAGGUUACCAGGUUACCAUCAAAGACAUUCAACCGGGGCCAGAGUUCACGUAUAACAGCAACUGUGAAGAUAUUCAUCGGCUGUCCUCGGAAGGAUUUCUGAGGCUGGUUGAACUGGGCGAAAUCAACAUCGAGACCGCGGUGAGGACGUCGCACUUGAAAGACAGGAGCAAGGCCAACAUCAUUCAAAAGGCGUUGGUUUUGAUGCAAAUCGGUUGGAUGCUGCUCCAGUGUAUCGCCAGAAAAGCCCAAGGACUCCCCAUAACCCUCCUGGAGUUGCACACAAUGGUCCAUGUUGCUUGCGCCGCAGCGAUGUACAGCUUCUGGUUCUCCAAGCCUUUGGAUAUCGGCUAUCCAGAGAUGCUGGACUCGGAGUCUGAAACGAUGAGAGGCUUUCUGGCUCUUUCUGUGCAAUCACAGCUUUGCAAGAAGAACGAAAUCGAAUUCACCAUCCAGACACAGGAGCUCGAAAGCAACUCUACGCACCCUGGUAAUCAUAGCGCUGGUUCUCAACCCCGUGCGUCGAGUAUUACUUUGUUGCCGAACGAUCCUACACAAGAACCACACCUCACGGACGACGUCAUGGACGACGAGAAUGCAGUAUCAAUCCUGGAAAUCGGACAAUCUCUAAGCUGCGGUAUCAGACUUCGCUCAGAAAAAUCUGUGACUCCAUCAAAGACCAAAUUGAGGCUCACAGCCGAGGACAGAACCCGUUUGGAGCGGUCGACUCACUUCGUCAGAAGUCUGUCACGACCUGUGACCGAAACCCCGAGCAGCACACCUUUGCGCCUAAAAUCUUACAGUCUAUGUUUUUCAGAAAAGGGUAAUAAUGAGAUUGGGCUGGAUUACCGUCAAGAAGGCGUAUCCAUCUAUAAUUACUUGAGUCACUUCCACGAUCUUGAAUCUAUGGGCGUCCUUUCGUCGGCGAAUGACCGACCCAUCAUGGCGAAGACAUCACCAAUCAAGCCGAGCUUGAUUGGAAUUCUUUUGCCCUUUAUCUAUAGCGGCCUUCAUUUGGUCGCCUGGAAUUAUGAGUUCCCAACAACAGCCGAGGGUAUAAUGUGGAAGGUUGCCUGCAUAGUAUCAUGCAACCCCAUCGGUUGGGUUCUUAUCUUCAUCAUGGCCAGAAUCAUCGAAUUCAAGAUAGGGGAUAAAGAUGAUUAUGAUGUUUUACUCCAUGUCAUCAUCUAUGUCAUUCUUGAAAUCGUCUUCGCAGCCUUCAUUCUUCUGAAAGUCAGCGGGCGGGUUUUCCUGGCCGUCGAGUCUUUUGCGAGCAUACGAAGACUUCCGAUAGGCGCUUACUCUAUGCCUGUAUGGCUGCAGAUGCUUCCUCAUUUGUAG